CUCUGUUGAGGAAGAAGGCUUGAAGCGGGGAUGAGCGCUCACUAGGUAGCCGCUGCUAGCUCACCGGCUAGGUGUUGUGUGUCAGCCCCAUUCAGCUCAUUGUUCAAUUCGGAUCCCAGCAACGAUGGCCCUCUGACAUCAAGAAUGGACAUCAGUUAACAAUGACGGGGGAGAAGAAGAAGAAGAAGCGGCUGAACCGCAGCAUUCUUCUGGCUAAGAAAAUCAUCAUAAAAGAUGGAGGAAGUCCUCAGGGAAUCGGCGAGCCCAGUGUUUACCAUGCUGUGGUGGUCAUCUUCCUGGAGUUUUUUGCAUGGGGUCUACUCACCACGCCGAUGCUCGCGGUUUUACAUCAGACAUUCCCCCAGCACACAUUCCUGAUGAACGGGCUUAUUCAUGGCGUCAAGGGCUUGUUGUCGUUUCUCAGUGCACCGCUGAUCGGAGCGUUGUCGGAUGUAUGGGGACGCAAGUCUUUCCUGCUGCUCACGGUCUUCUUCACGUGUGCGCCCAUUCCUCUCAUGAAGAUCAGCCCAUGGUGGUACUUUGCAGUCAUCUCCAUGUCUGGCGUCUUCGCCGUCACCUUCUCUGUGAUAUUUGCAUACGUGGCAGACAUUACUCAAGAGCAUGAGCGGAGCACCGCGUACGGUUUGGUGUCGGCCACUUUUGCGGCCAGCCUGGUCACCAGCCCAGCCAUCGGCGCCUACCUGUCCGCCGCCUACGGCGACACGCUCGUGGUCAUCCUGGCCACCGCCAUCGCGCUGCUGGACAUCUGCUUCAUUCUGGUGGCGGUGCCCGAGUCGCUGCCAGAGAAGAUGAGGCCGGCGUCUUGGGGUGCGCCCAUAUCCUGGGAACAAGCUGAUCCCUUUGCUUCUCUUCGUAAAGUGGGUCAGGACUCGACAGUGCUGCUCAUCUGUAUCACCGUCUUUCUCUCCUACCUCCCAGAGGCCGGCCAGUACUCCAGCUUCUUCCUCUAUCUCAGACAGGUCAUCGGCUUCUCCUCAGAGACGGUUGCCGCCUUCAUCGCUGUGGUGGGAAUCCUCUCCAUACUCGCCCAGACUGUAGUGUUGGGGAUCCUGAUGCGAUCGAUCGGGAACAAAAACACCAUCCUCCUGGGCCUGGGCUUUCAGAUCCUCCAGCUGGCCUGGUAUGGCUUUGGGUCGCAGCCCUGGAUGAUGUGGGCGGCUGGAGCUGUGGCCGCCAUGUCCAGCAUCACCUUCCCAGCCAUCAGCGCCAUCGUGUCCCGGAACGCCGACCCGGACCAGCAAGGCGUGGUCCAGGGCAUGAUCACGGGCAUCCGAGGGCUCUGCAACGGCCUGGGCCCCGCCCUCUACGGCUUCGUCUUCUACCUGUUCCACGUGGAGCUGUCGGACACGGACGGCUCCGGCAAAGGUGCCAAGCCCAACAUGGCCAACCCCACAGAUGAGAGUGCCAUCAUCCCGGGACCGCCCUUUCUGUUCGGGGCCUGCUCCGUGCUCCUCUCCCUCCUGGUGGCACUGUUCAUCCCGGAGCACACAGGGCCCGGCAUGAGGCCCGGCGCCUACAAGAAGCACAGCAAUGGGGCGCAGAGUCACUCCCACAGUCCGCAGGGCAGCGGGGCGGAGGGCAAGGAGCCGCUGCUGGAGGACAGCAGCGUAUAGCCUUCGCUGAGGGGGGCGGACUCCCUCGCUCCACCCCGCAGGCUGGAUCCACACGGAGGAGUUGGUCUGCGUGCGCAGCACAAGCGUCUCUCCUGCGUGAGGGGGUGUGUGACGUGUGAAGCUGCAGUGAGGACCAGUGUGUUUUUUAUGAGGGAGGGGGUGGACUCCGUCUCUGUUUGUGGACAAAUCGGCUCCACCUCCUCCUGUCGCAGCGAGUUUUGGUUUGAUCCGAGUCGCCGCGUGCCGCUCCGAGUUCUGGAGCAGACGUGCCGCCACAUUUCAGUCAGUCUAGGUCAAAACACUCGGUGUCUGCAGACGCCGCCCCUCGGACUGGAACCACUUCAUCAAGCUGUUUUCCAACGUUUACUUGCCACUCUCUAGUUCCAUAGGACGGUUUGGUGUCUAGUUUCCAGCUGAAGAUUCUUCAAGUUUGUAUUCAAGAAACAGAUGUUGCCUUGAAGUGACUCAAGAUAAACGUAUAUAUAUAUAUAUAUGAGUAUAUAUAUGGACAUAACCUGUAUGACGACCGCGGUCUGAAAAGGCUCUGUGAUCGUUCGCUAUCGCUCCCAUCGGAGCCGUUCCAUUCGUCUGAUCCCUUCCGUCAUCGCGCCACUUCCUGGAAGCGUUUCCCGCCUCUCGCCGGGGCCGAGGCUUCCAGGCCUUUUGUUUUUACUCCCUUGUUUUUGAGCGUCAAGACGCCGCUCUCGCCACCGCCGGAACACUCAGUGGCAGAUGCAGCUCAGACCUGCCAGAACUAAAACCCACUGCACCAAGUUUGGGUCAGCGGUGAGGAUGGAGGCCGCAUGAAGCUCGAACCGCCGCAGUUGCUCUGGUCUCUUCUGGCGUUGUUUUUCCAUGGAUUUCAUUGGUUGCUUGAGGUCUGAACUGCUGCAGUUACGUCUCCGGCCACUCGAUCACGCCUGAAGGCGACGCGCUGGUCACAUGACUGACAUCCUUUUUCGUUUUCUUUUAUCAUGUCGCCGACCUGUCCAUCAUCUCUGCGUGCCAACUUAUUUAUCUGUCGGUCCGCGUGCCUGAAGAGAGUCGAUGUCUUAACUCCUCCACGGUUUCACUGCUGUUGUGGUGUCGCAGCCCUUUAAGACUCUGCUUUCGUUCGCUUUUGUCGCCCUUUGUUUUCAUUCCACCCAUCCGCUCGUCAACAAGCAUUUCCGGCUGCACGGCAGGAAGGAAACCACACUUUUGAUUUUGCGUCGUUUGUCAGCCAUCGGACCAAAUUCGGGGCCCAUCCGCCGACAGCCGGCGCCUGCGCACACGGGCAGAUGUCGAGGCGUCUGGUGGCGCGGUGCACUUCCACACUUCUAAACUUGACCUGCUCGCCACGCUGUUUUUAGUACGAUGUGGUUUGUGGCCUGACCCCCUCCCCCCACCCUCCCUCUCUCUCUCUCUCUCUCCGUGUGCCUAAAAUUAGCCAAGAAACGAGAAUGGCAACAAAAUGAAACGGUGGUUAUGAUGUAAAUAUGGGAAACUAAUGACAAACUAUUUAUUAAAGGUUUAUUGUACAAUGAGGUUUGUCCUGG